AUGGAUGAUUUACUAAGCAUAACUACAGCUAUUCUAGGAAUGGAGUUCAUAAUUGGAAUCUUGGGCAAUGGAUUCAUAGCACUAGUGAACAUCAUUGACUGGGUCAAGAGAAGUAAGAUCUCUCCAGCUGAUCAGAUACUCACUGCUUUGGCAAUCUCCAGAAUAGUCUACCUUUCCAGUAUACACUUAAGUAAGUUAUUUUCUGUGAUUUGCCCAGGCUUGCUCUGGGCUGAACAAAUAUUAAAAAUUAUUCGUAAUAUCUGGACAGUAACCAGUCACUUUAGCAUUUGGCUUGCUACAAGCCUCAGCAUCUUUUAUUUUCUGAAGAUAGCCAAUUUUUCUAACUCUAUUUUUCACUACCUAAAGUGGAGAGUUGAAAAGGUGAUCUCAGUGACAUUGCUGGUGUCUUUGGUCCUUUUGUUUUUAAAUAUCACAUUUUUGAACACAGAUACUGAUGUCUGGGUUGCUGGAUAUAAAAGAAACAUGACUAAUAGUUCCAGCUCAAAAGACCCUUUGAGCUUUUCCAGACAUUUUUUACUCCACUACAUGAUAUUCAUAAUUGUACCCUUCACCGUGUCCCUCACAGCUUUCAUCCUGCUCAUCUUCUCCCUGUGGAGACAUCUCAGGAAGAAGCAGCUCAAUGCCACAGCACCCAGAGAUGCCAGCACCAAGGCACACUUGCAAAGCUUGCAGGCUGUGGUUGCCUUCCUCUUAUUAUACACCUUUUUCUUUCUGUCUCUUCUCAUACAAGUUUUAAUUUCUGAUUUACAGGGGAAAAAUGUGAUCAUCAGUCUUUGCCAUGUUUUAUCAAUGGCUUUUCCUUCAGGCCACUCAUGCAUCCUGAUUCUGAGAAAUAAGAAGUUGAGACAGGCCUCUCUGUCUGUGCUGUGGUGGCUGAGGUCCAGGGUCAAAGAUGCAGAACCCUGA